AUGCAUCCUUCAGCAAUUUGUCAGUAUGUCUUUUAUGUGUUCUUACCAGUUUAUGGCUCAAAGGCUUCUGCUCCAGGUUGGAAAUCUUGCCAGAGCGAAGAAGAGGAGGCAAGGAAGGUUCUUUCUCUUCUGCAAAGCUUUGUAUCUCCUGUCUCCUUCAGGCCCCUAGGCCAGCAUCAUGAUACCAUCCGCUUCCGUCAGCUGUUAUGUCCAGACCCCUCCUGUGAGGUGUGUAAUAAUGCAACUGCUGAAGUCAAUCGGCUGCUGUUCCCAGAGGCCCUGGAAGAUGCUACUAGUUUGACUUCCACAGCUCCUGGUACUAAGUCAUUAUCCUCUCUGUCUCCUACCUUCUCACACUGGGUUACUCUGCCACCAGAACCUUUUUCUACCUUGGAAUCCAAAUUUCUAGUAGGCCAUUUCCCACCCCAACCCUUUGCCUAUAUCCCUCUCUCACCACAUGACACUCAGAGAACAGAUUCUAUUAUCUACCAAGAAUCCACUUUGUUUCUGAAUACCAUCUUCUCAAGUGAUCCCACACUUACUCAAGUUAUCAACUCCUUACCAGGUUUGUCAGAAACAAUGAAGCCUACUGAUUCAUUUGGUUGUCAACAUGUCCCACCGGUGCUGUCUGUUUCAACACCACCAGACUGCCCUUCCACUGUGACUCAAUCAAAAUCAAUUGUCACUUCAUUGAAGCCUGUUGCAGAGGACUCAUCUCCAGGUAGUCCUGGACCAUUGUCCAGUCAUGUCCCAAUAUUCAGAAACUCUGACCUUUCAAACCUAUUAAUAUCAAACAUUUCUUGUUGGCAGACUUUUGCCAAGAACAUGUUUCUCCCCACAUUAUCACACUCUCAUUUUCAGCAAGAGCAUGUUUUCCUCCAUCUACCAGAGACCUGUCUCUGGGGAGACUCUGUUUCAAAGCACACGGAGGCCAGUAGCCAUUCUUUCCUAGGCCUUAACAUCCAGGCACUCCUGGAGAGUAAAGUGAAAAAGAGAAAGAUUUUAGAGAAGAAAAAAAGUGAGGAGGGACCAUUUUCAACACAAAUGUGGUCAGAAUACCAACGGACGUCUUCAGGAAAUUCAUCGCAACCACCUGAUACACAGGAUGCCACAGUCCCCCAGACUGGCUGGAACAUUGAAGACAAACCAGAGCAGCUGUGUAAUAGCCAGCAGCUCUUGUAUGUCAAGACUUUGGGGAAAAACUUGCAGCAGAAAUAUAGCCAGCUCUUCUGGGGUCUUCCCUCUUUGCAUAGUGAGUCCCUGGUGGCUGCUCUCCUGGUUUCUAGAAGUAGUUCCCCACUAGAGAGCCGUUUUGUUCUAUUCAAUGGAAUCUGUAAUGCAUCUACAGUCAAAAUGCAGCAACAAGAAUCUCCACUACUUCCUCAUUUCCAUCUCCUUCCUCUACUCAAUGUAGACUCUCAACAUUUGCCUCAAAAUAGGCCCCAGUCACAAUCUUUCACUCAGGUGCAGCAUCAACCCCACUUUCAAUCCCAACUCCCAAUCCAAUCACCUUCUCCGUUCCAGAUUAGAGACUGUGUAGAGCCUAUCCAUAGACCCCAGAAUGAGUCAGGCUCUAAUAUCUUGAGUGAAAAUCAACACCUGGAAUGCCACACAUUGCAGAAGCAACAGGAAAGUUUGCAAGAUUCAGUCCCUGUUCUCCAAAAAUCACAAGAGGCCACUUGUCCUCGAGCUCCCAACCUUCCAUUGGUCAGCCAGUCAUCCCAUGCCUAUGCACCAGCCUCUAUCCUCCCUGGCCAUUUCUGUAUCACCAAUGAGCCUCAGGAGAAACUGCAGCUCUAUGCUCCAAGGAGGUUAAUUCCACCCUGGUGCCCUCAUGCCAGUAGGAAUGUAGAGCCUCUAGCACUGAUGGCACCUCAGUAUAAGUUAACAGAAACCUCUCAACAGAAAGGCAGUCAUGCUCACUUACAGUUCUCUGACCUUCAGGGACAGUGUAGUAAGUCUCUAGGCAAGGGUGAACUGAGUUUCCCAGGAAGUUUCUGUGAGGGGGAUCCACACAAAUGUCAGCUAAGAGAGGAAGUGAAGCGAAAUCUUGGGUAUAUCCUAGAAAAGAGCCCAGAAGACAGCCCACAAAUGGUCUCAGAAUGCUACCUAGUGAAGGGUCUGAGGGCUGCCUCAAGGAUAAAAAAUAACUGUGUAUGCCACUCAACAAGUCACUUGGGGAAUGAAUUAAUAAAUGUCUUGAGGAAGGACAUAGACCAGAAUCAAAUGAAAACCAUUCUUAGGUUACAUUUGAGCAAGAAGUCUUGGCAGAUCACUGAGGGUAGGAUCCCUAUAUGUGUGUGUCGUUCAUGGCUGGCUGAGGACAACACAUUGCUUUCUUCUGGGAGUUCCCAGACCAAUUUGGAAAAUAUGCAUUCAAAAACCACAAUGAUUGGUAGAGUCAACUGCCAGAUUACCACUCUGGAGCUUCCUUUUCUUGAUUCCAGCACGCAACAGGCACUCGAAGCCCAUAUUAUAAGGUUUCGUGUGAGUCAGAGGUGGGGCCUCCCACUGAAGGUUGUCAAAUCUAUUAAAUUAUAUAAACUGAGAGAAGCCAAAACAUGGCCUCUUCCCCAAUUCCCUUUCUCAGGCACCCAUAUUUCUGCGGUAGUUGCCAAAGCUGAGGUUUCCAAGCCUCUUGAGGGAACUUCCAAAACUUUUCAGGGAAACAAUCUGAGAAUAAUAAAUUCAGUUUCCAUCCUGGAUUGUCCUCUGGAUUCCUCAUAUGUACACAGUGAAAGACACAGAGUCCAGAAAAUAUCACACACUGAUAUGGAACAUAAGCUUGCAGAGAAUGCCCAGACAAUUGUACAUGGCAGGCAGACUUUUCAGCUUCUUACACACAGCACCAUAGACAAAGGGAGUCAGAGUAAGACUUUACUGUACAAUAGAUGCAGCCAAGAGAUGCCCAGAAAGCAAGCUGGAGCUGGACAUGAGCCAAGGUAUGAGAAUGUGGAUUCCAGUGAUAGAGCAGAAAUGAUUCAGAGCCAAAAGACAGUGGAGAAAAAUUUAGAACAUUCUUGCAUCUCUAGCAUGUUUAGGGAGAUAUUCAACGCCCAGGAGCUGCAUGCUCUUAAAUCACCAUCUUGUGACAUCUUGACAGCCCAGGAGUUUGGAGGCUCCCAAAUGAUAAAUGUCAAUAUGAGUAAAGAAGAAUCUACCCUGACCACUGACUGUUCCUCAUCAAAAAUAUCAGACCCCCAAGAUUCUAAAAUAUUAAACCCGAAAAAACAGGUCCUUGGUGAGUUUACUUCAGAUCGCUUGCUUUGCAUGUCCUCACUGACUCCAUCCCAGGGCAUCUCCAGUGGGGACAUGGGAGCUUCCCAGAGUCCUCAUGUCCACUUUGAGGACAGUGGAAUCAGCCCAGAGCUGAGGCAGGAGUCCCGGGUCUCCAAGCAUGUUUUAUGGGAGUGUCAGGAUAACCAUUUUCCACCAACUGAAAAGGAACUGAGAACCAUGGGCUCCAAAGCAAAAGAAUGGGGAAGUGAGGAUUCAAGUGUAAGGACAUCUAAAGCUGGAAAGAAGAGCCACCCUAUUAAGAACAGAGAAUUAGAGGGCACUUUCACAUCUCUGUCACAGGAUGAACAGUUUCCUCCUGAUAGUUAUUUCAGAAAAAAGAUGAGGCAAUUUUUUCAGUGGAUCAAUCCCAAGAGAAAAAUCAAAGGGCUGGAAACUCCCCAGCAAAGUGCCAAGUUCAUGUCAAGCUUUGCACAGAAACAUGACUCAGCUGAAAGUGCAGAUAUCUUUUUGAGUUCUGAGCUUCCUGAAGCUCGUGAGCUCAUGGCAACUAUUGGGAAGAUCCUAGAAAAGAAAUUGGCAUGUAGUCAUGAACUUGAGGACUUGAAGUUAAGUCAACAGAAGUAG